CCCGGAAAUACAUUCCUGGCUGUCGGCUCUCUCUCUUCCGGUCGGUGAACCGUGGUUUGAGCGUGGAUUACAUCUGGCUCUGUAAUAAAUCACAAAAAUGAGUGUCCCGGCUUUUAUUGACAUAACAGAGGAGGAUCAGGCUUCUGAGCUGAGAGCCUACAUCAAGUCUAAAGGAGGUGAGAUCUCUGAGGAGAAUUCAGAAGGUGGACCCUAUGUUGACUUGGCUCAGAUCAUCGAGGCAUGUGAUGUCUGCCUGAAAGAUGAUGACAAAGACGUGGAGAGUGUGAUGAACAGCAUCGUCUCCCUUCUCCUCAUUGUGGAGACGGAGAAGCAGGAGGCCCUCAUCGAGAGCCUGUGUGAGAAGCUGGUCAAGUUCCGGGAGGGCGAGCGUCCCUCUCUCAGGAUGCAGCUUCUCAGUAACUUGUUCCAUGGGAUGGAUGAGAACACGCCUGUGAGGUACACAGUGUAUUGCAGUCUCAUUAAAGUGGCUGCCACCUGCAAUGCCAUCGCCUUCAUACCAACAGACCUCGAUCAGGUCCGAAAGUGGAUUGUUGACUGGAACCUCAACACAGAGAAGAAGCACACUCUGCUGAGGCUUGUGUAUGAGGCGCUGGUGGACUGCAAGAAGAGGUACUCAGGUGAAGCAGCUGCCAAGGUGAUGGUAGAGCUUCUGGGCAGUUACACAGAAGACAACGCCUCACAAGCCCGCGUUGACGCCCACAGAUGCAUCGUCCGUGCUCUGAAGGACCCCAACACGUUCCUGUUUGACCACCUGCUGGCUCUGAAGCCUGUGCGCUUCCUGGAGGGGGAGCUCAUCCAUGAUCUGCUCACCAUUUUCGUCAGUGCGAAGCUUGUAGCCUAUGUGAAAUUCUACCAGAGCAAUAAGGAUUUCAUCGAUUCUCUGGGCCUGUCCCAUGAGCAGAACAUGUCCAAGAUGCGCCUGUUGACCUUCAUGGGCAUGGCGGUGGAGUUCAAGGAGAUCUCCUUUGACACCAUCCAACAGGAGCUGCAGAUCGGAGCAGAAGAGGUGGAGGCCUUCGUCAUCGAUGCUGUUCGGACCAAGAUGGUGUACUGCAAAAUUGACCAGACGCAACGGAAAGUUGUUGUGAGCCAUAGCACGCAUCGCACCUUUGGCAAACAGCAGUGGCAGCAGCUGUAUGACAGUCUGAGCGCGUGGAAGACGAACCUGACCACUGUCAAGACCAGCCUGCAAGCCCUCUCCCCCGCCUCCUAAACUAACAACAUCUCCAAACAUCAACUAUGGCUAACGAUUUUUAUAUAUACCAAUAAAAAAUAGUAAACGUG